GACCUUUUAGUCCCCAGAACAUCUGCCGGGCAAGUAGACAGAUUUAAACGACGCGCCUCUUGCCUUACGUCACGACCAGCUGAGACGGACGUAAACAUUUCUCGCUCAAGUCCCUGUGGAAGUUGUCGUCAUGGACAAAUACGUAAUCAAAGUGAAGAGGAAGCACGCGAGGGAAGAAAGCGACAGCGGGAGGAAAACUUUUAAAGAAGGGGAUAUGAUUGAAAAGGAAGAUAGUAAUAAUUCUCCUCCAAAAUCAUUGAACCCCAACGCAUCAGGGGAAAAAAUUGACGAAGUUGGCGUUGCUUUGCUUUACGAGAAUGUCGACUUGCAUUUUCCUGGCAUAAAAUCGUCCUCUCUGAAAUGGCAGACCAUCCGGAGAGAUAAUUUAGAUCUGCGGUAUACGAUAUUGUUCAAAAAUAGUAUCGGGCAAUCCCUAAUUAAGAUAUUUGAAAGGGAAUUUGAGUAUUUUACAGGUGACUUAGCCAGAGUCAAGGUAUUUGGCAAGUGGUGUGACAUCCCAAGGAAACAGGUAACAUAUGGAGACCCAGGACUGACGUACAAGUACAGUGGCAUAACAACUCCGGCAAAACCUUGGCCGAAAUCCCUGAAGGCAGUACGAGAUCUUGUGAACAGGGUUACGGGAUAUGAUUAUAACUUUGUGCUUGUAAACAGAUACAAAGAUGGCAGUGAUAAGAUGGGAGAACACAAAGAUGAUGAGAAGGAUUUGGAUCACAGCACACCAAUUGCUUCACUUAGCCUUGGGCAGUCUCGUGACUUUUACUUCCGUCACCAGGAUGCCAGGCCACCCAAAAGCAUGAAAAUAGAAAAAGUCAGUCUGCUUCUUGAACAUGGAAGUCUGCUGUUGAUGAAUCCACCAACAAAUAAUUUUUGGUAUCAUGCUCUGCCACCUCGAAAGUCUGCAGGAGGACUCCGCAUUAAUCUCACGUUUCGAAAGAUUUUACGAAAGUGACAUGUUAAUGUGUAUGGAUAGCACAAUGUGUGUUCUUGAUUUGUCCCAACUCAUAAACCAUCCUUAAGACUCAUAUACUUAACUCGUAAGUACAUAACUUGUAUAAAAAUUGUCAUGUUAUUCUUUGGUACUUUGUCAGCUUGUUUGCUAAUAUAUUUAAAUUAAUUAUAAUACAGGAAAUAAAAGGAUAUGGGUUACUGUAUUUGUAAACCUUUGUAAGUUUAGGAAUGCUACUAAAAAGGAACAAAAGCAAAGAUAUUAAACAGAACUAAAUAUCAUAUCUUUUCCUAAUAUCUCAUUUUGUGCAGCUUUUGCAUUCAAAUGUCAUUGUUCAUAUUUUAUAAGGCUGUUGUAGUAUUUGCAUUCAUAUCCACAUAUUCCAAAAGAUAAAAAAAAAAAAAAAAAAAAAAAAACAUAUGUAAACAUACAUGUAGAUACACAUACAUUGCUACAUGCACACGCGCACAUCCACGCACCCACCCACCCACAUGGCAAGCAAAUAGAUUUAUAUAUUUCAGUGGCAAAGAAGGUAACUUACUUUUUAGUAAAAAUGAAUAAUAGAAAGAAUAUAAACUGCCAGUGCA